AACUAGAUGUCUGAAGUGUUUGUUUUGAAGACAUACGCGUCUUCAGCCUUACACACAUCUUCAGACACCAGAGAGAAUAAGUCACACAGUUGUAAUAUGAAGGUUUACUUUCUGGGCAGUAAAAACAAUUAAACUUUAUUAACCUUUUGAUCUGAGUGAUAUUACAAUGGAAAAUUUGUCAUCACCGUUACAGGGUCAGAAGUGACCAAUCGGAUGCUGCACUGCUCACAAAUACUCCAAAACCGCCCACUGACAGAUCACUCAUCUGUGAUACCAAAUGGAUAUACAUUUUUUUGUGAGUGAGUCGUCUCCAUGGUGAUGUGGCUUCAGUGUUCCAUCUGUCUCUGGAUCCUCUGGCCUUCAGCAGGAUGUCUCCUCCCUCCUCAGAAUGUGACAAUAGAGUUCCUAGACUUCAAAGGCAGAGUCCACUGGAUGGCCUCAGCUGACCAUAGGAACAACACACACUACUAUGUUGAGAUGCAACAACUUGGUAGUGAGCAGUGGCAAUCCGUCAACUGCAACGCCAUAACCAUGACGUCCUGUCUGGACAUUCCACUGGAAGACCAUAUUAAGAGCUAUGAUGUCAGAGUCAGGGCGGAGAAUAGAGGGCAGAGGUCAAACUGGACACAUCUAAAACAGACAGUAUCCUCCUAUGCAAACACAGUACUGAGCGCCCCUGAUCUGAGGUUAUGGGUGUGUUUGUCUGCAGCAGUACUGAGCGCCCCUGAUCUGAGGUUAUGGGUGUGUUUGUCUGCAGCAGUACUGAGCGCCCCUGAUCUGAGGUUAUGGGUGUGUUUGUCUGCAGCAGUACUGAGCGCCCCUGAUCUGAGGUUAUGGGUGUGUUUGUCGGCAGCAGUACUGAGCGCCCCUGAUCUGAGUUUAUGGGUGUGUUUGUCUGCAGCAGUACUGAGCGCCCCUGAUCUGAGGUUAUGGGUGUGUUUGUCUGCAGCAGUACUGAGCGCCCCUGAUCUGAGGUUAUGGGUGGAGGACCAAAGUGUGUUUGUGCAGCUCCAUCAUCCCGCAGAGGAACAUUUCGACAAAUUGUACAACAUCACUCUGCUGCAGAGCACACGGCAACACAACAACACACUUCAAUCAGAGUUGUGGUCGGCUUCAGAGCGUGUGUUCCCUCUCCCCCCGGGCUGGAAUUACUGCGUCAUCGCUUCGGCCUGUCACCAGAGCAGAAACCCUCACAUGACCACUCAGAAAUGUAUCUACCUGCCUAGACACACCCUAGAUACCUCAGUUUGGCUGAGUCUGCUUGUGGGCGUGUUCCUGCUGCUGACUGUUCCGAUUGCUCCGAUCUGCUGCUACUUGAAGACCACCGAACAAACUCCAGAUGUGCUGGGAGGUGCUGUGUUGUCAACAAAGUGUAUUCUGACUCAGGAGGAGGUGUGUCCCUCGAAGGUGUGGGAGAAUGAUGAGAAUGAUGCAGAGUCAAAGAGCUGUGGAUCCGCCCCUUCUAGUUACCAGGGUUACCAGCUGAAAGUCUCCAUUGCCUUUUUUCAUGACAACAACCAGGAGACAGACACCAUCCCAACCUUUCACCAUGAUGACAGCCUGGAGACCCUGCUGACUGUCUCCAUACCAGACAGAAGAUCUGAUUCCCCCUUAACCAUGAACAUCCUGACCCAAGAUCAGUGGCUGGGAUCAGAAACUUCAGUCUUCACCCCUCUCCCCCUGUCUCAAUUCCCCUCUCUGUCCCAUUCCCCUGCUCCCUCUCUCUCCUCCCCUCCUUCUACACCCCUUCAUCCCACCGUCCCUCUAUCUGGAUACUGUCUGGCCUGGGACAAGGAGUUCCGCCUUACAGACAGCAGGUCUCUGGUUGACAGUGAUGUGCAUUCUCCAGGGUUGGAGGUUAGAUGUCAAGAGUCAAACUUAGAGGGGAGAGUUCAGUGGUCAGGGUUAGAGGUGAGAGAUCAGUGGUCAGGGUUAGAGUUGAGAGAUCAUGGCUCAGGGUUAGAGGUGAGAGAUCAGGGGUCAGGGUUAGAGUUGAGAGAUCAGGGGUCAGGGUUAGAGGUGAGAGAUCAGGGGUCAGGGUUAGAGGUGAGAGAUCAGUGGUCAGGGUUAGAGUUGAGAGAUCAGUGGUCAGGGUUAGAGUUGAGAGAUCAGUGGUCAGGGUUAAAGGUGAGAGAUCAGGGGUCAGUGUUAGAGGUGAGAGAUCAGGGCUCAAGGUUAGAGGUGAGAGAUCAGGGCUCAGGGUUAGAGGUGAGAGAUCAGGGCUCAAGGUUAGAGGUGAGAGAUCAGGGCUCAGGGUUAGAGCUGUAUUCCUCUCAAGCCAGACUCUGCUCCUUCAGUGGAUAUGAAAGUCGUCCUGAUCCCACCCUGAUUAACCCCUAAACACAGUGAUCUAUUCCUGUCUAUAUUUCCAAAAAGGACCAUAUAAAAAUUGAAUGCAUUUAUAUUUAUUAUUCUUUAAGGAAUAUGUAUAGAAAAUGUUUAUGUUUGAAGAAUAUUUUUGUUGUCCUUUUUCCACAAAUCCUUGUGACAUAGUUUUAAAUAUGCCAAAUAAAUCCAAUAUGACAUAUUCACAAGGAAUGCUAAUGCACUGAUUUUGCUGGUAAAAAUGUCCCGGUUGACUUUACACCUGUUUCCGCUUAAGGCGUGAUUUAAUUAGUAUUCAGGUUGUGCGUUUGAGCGUGUCCCCUAGACAUGUUCUACCAAGUGACAGACCCAAAUGGAAGAUAAUUUGUGAAAUGUUAAUAUCUACUUAUAAUGCUUAUAUCUACUUACCUAACAUUCCUGUGACGUAACGUUGAUGUGUCUACUUACCUAACCUUCCUGAUGUAACGUUGAUGUGUCUACUUACCUAACCUUCCUGACGUAACGUUGAUGUGUCUACUUACCUAACCUUCCUGACGUAACGUUGAUGUGUCUACUUACCUAACAUUCUUGUGACGUAGCGUUGAUGUGUCUACUUACCUAACAUUCUUGUGACGUAGCGUUGAUGUGUCUACUUACCUAACAUUCUUGUGACGUAGCGUUGAUGUGUCUACUUACCUAACAUUCCUGUGACGUAACGUUGAUGUGUCUACUUACCUAACCUUCCUGACGUAACGUUGAUGUGUCUACUUACCUAACCUUCCUGACGUAACGUUGAUGUGUCUACUUACCUAACCUUCCUGACGUAACGUUGAUGUGUCUACUUACCUAACAUUCUUGUGACGUAGCGUUGAUGUGUCUACUUACCUAACAUUCUUGUGACGUAGCGUUGAUGUGUCUACUUACCUAACAUUCCUGUGACGUAGCGUUGACGUGUCUACUUACCUAACAUUCCUGUGACGUAACGUUGACGUGUCUACUUACCUAACCUUCUUGACGUAACGUUGAUGUGUCUACUUACCUAACAUUCUUGUGACGUAGCGUUGAUGUGUCUACUUACCUAACAUUCCUUUGAUGUGAUGGGAGAGAAAAGUGGGGAGGGGGUUAAUGCCUGGCUGCGGAUUAUUUGUUUUACUAAUGUUCUUAUCAUUUUUAAAUUAUUCUAUUUAUUUAUUGUUAAAUAAAUCCUGU